AUGGUGACCCGUCUCAGUGACGGGAUUGUUCAACCCCGACAACAGACCGAUGGGACGGUUCGCUAUCCGGUACCUCGUGCUCUUCUCUCCUUGGUGGAACUUGCUGAACCCACCUAUUACUCCCAAGCUUCCCAAAAAUCAGAAUGGCAUCAGGCCAUGACAGAAGAAAUCAAUGCACUACUCAAAAACAACACAUGGACCCUUGUCCCUUCCUCUCCUUCUCAGAAUGCAGUAGGUUGCAAAUGGGUCUUUCGUAUCAAGAAGAAAUCAGAUGGCUCUAUUGAAAGGCAAUUAGAUGUCAAGAAUGCCUUCCUUCAUGGUAUUCUUAAGGAAGAUGUGUUCAUGGUUCAACCUCCUGGCUUUGUUGAUCCUUCCCAACCCCACCAUGUCUGCAAACUUAACAAAGCGCUUUAUGGGUUGAAACAGGCACCACAUGCUUGGUUCCAUCGUAUGAGCACAUUUCUCUUAUCUGUUGGUUUCACUCAGAGUAUUGCAGACCCUUCCCUGUUCAUUUAUCGUCAUGGUCCACAUAUUAUCUAUUUUCUCUUAUAUGUGGAUGACAUUGUGGUGACUAGGAGUAAUGACCAUCUUCUUCAGAGCUUUAUACAGUGUCUUGGGCGAGGUUUUGACAUCAAGGACCUAGGUCCUCUUCAUUAUUUUCUUGGCUUACAGGUUACACGUCAUCAGCAUGGGCUCCACCUAAAUCAGCUUAAAUAUGCUCAUGAUAUUCUCUCUAAGAACGAUCUUUUGUUGAGCAAGCCUACCAGUACACCAAUGUCUGCCAAGUCAAAUCUUAGUUCUACUGCUGGAUCACUUCUAGAACAUCCCACAACUUUUCGGGAAUUGGUUGGUUCAUUACAGUAUCUUACUAUAACUCGUCCUGACAUUGCAUUUGCAGUCAACAUGGUGUCUCAAUUCAUGAGUCAGCCGCGUGUGCCCCAUCUGAUUGCUGCCAAACGCAUUCUCCGAUAUGCUAAGGGAACUCUUGGACAUGGAUUACUCUUUACAUCUCAGCGUCAGCCUGUUACUCUCUCCGCCUAUUCUGAUGCUGAUUGGGCUGGUUGUCCAACCACUAGGCGUUCCACUUCUGGUUAUCUCGUGUUCCUUGGCUCCAAUCUCAUCUCAUGGUGCUCUAAGAAGCAGCCCACCGUAGCUCGCUCUAGCGCAGAAAGUGAAUAUCGCUAUCUUGCUCAUGCUUGUGCGGACACAAUGUGGUUAGGCUAUCUUCUCUAUGAACUUGGUACCAAUAUUCAGUUUCCUGUGUUAUUACAUUGUGAUAAUUUGAGCACCAUAUACAUGGCUUCCAAUCCCAUUUUUCAUGCUUGCACGAAAACACAUAGAACUUGA